AUGACCGACGCCGAGCCCUCCUCCCCCUCCUCCGCCGCCUCCACCGACUCUUCAUGCGCCGCCGUCUGCUCCACCUCCGCCACCGCGGCCGAGGCCAGCCCGCCGCCGUCGUCGGUGUGCUCCGCCUGUGGCGGCCCCACCGCCUCCAUCUCCUCUGCCGCCGGCCGCCGCUUCCUUGGCUUCGUCGCCGAUCUCUCCCACUCUAAGGGGCUAGUGCCAGAGCACCACCCCCAUUUCAUUGGGACCUACUGGGGUGCGGUCAGCACCAAUUUCUGUGGUGAGAUUGUGGAGUCAGCUGAUGCAUAUGUCUUUGUUGGCCCAAUCUUCAACGAUUACAGCUCUGUGGGUUAUUCUUUGCUGAUCAAGAAAGAGAAAUCGGUGAUUGUGCAGCCCAACCGGGUGACUGUUGGUAAUGGCCCUUCCUUCGGUUGGGUUUUCAUGGCUGAUUUCUUAACUGCACUUGCACAGAAGCUCAAGAAGAAUACCACAGCCUUGGACAAUUAUCGACGGAUCUUUGUACCACCCUGCCUUCCUCUCAAACGCGAGAGCAAUGAGCCUUUGAGGGUCAACAUCCUUUUUAAGCAUAUCCAGAACAUGUUGAGUGGAGAUACGGCGGUUAUCUCAGAGACUGGUGACUCUUGGUUCAACUGCCAAAAGCUUAGAUUGCCGGAGAAUUGUGGAUAUGAGUUCCAGAUGCAGUAUGGGUCUAUUGGUUGGUCAGUUGGUGCCACUCUUGGAUAUGCGCAAGCUGCCAAGGAUAAACGUGUAAUUGCUUGCAUAGGAGAUGGGAGCUUCCAGGUGACGGCGCAGGAUAUUUCCACAAUGAUCCGUUGUGGGCACCGAAGCAUUAUAUUUCUCAUCAAUAAUGGUGGCUACACCAUUGAAGUAGAGAUCCAUGAUGGCCCCUACAAUGUGAUCAAGAACUGGAAUUAUACUGGAUUGGUUGAUGCUAUUUACAAUGGCGAAGGCAGAUGUUGGACUUCCAAGGUGCGCACAGAGGAAGAAUUGGAAGAUGCCAUUACGAAGGCCACUGAGGAGCAGAAAGACAGCUUGUGCUUUAUUGAGGUCAUGGUGCAUAAAGAUGAUACAAGCAAGGAGCUCCUGGAGUGGGGAUCAAGAGUCUCGGCAGCCAACAGUCGCCCUCCAAAUCCACAAUAGCCUGUUGAGUUCGCCACAAAAAUCUGGUUACAUGUAAUCGCUGCUAGGGAAAAGAACGUCUGUGUCAGAAUUCGAAAAGGCAGGGGUUCACUCGAUGAGAGGGAAACUGCUUAUUAUUACUACAUUUGGUAUUGGCUAAUUGUUAGGGGUUUAUAUAAUGCUGUGUUUUUAUAAU